GGCGCACUCAGCAAGCCAAAGAUAAACACGUACACGGAUACUGGCAGGCGUUUCUCUGGUUAUUAGGAGGUAACAGAGGCGAGCUGGAGAUGGACUAGCUGGUUAACACGCAGACGUGUGAGGAACCGCGGGGGGCACCGCUACAGGAGCGCAGAAGGACGAGUUUGCAGAGAUCCAGUCGCAGGAUCUGAAGAUCAAUCCAAAAUGGUACGAGCAGCCUUGGUGACGGUCACCAGUCUGGCCCUGACUGGGGCCGUGGUGGCUCACGCUUACUUUCUCAAACACCAGUUCUACCCCACUGUGGUCUAUCUCACCAAGAGCAGCCCAAGCAUGGCGGUGUUGUACAUUCAGGCGUUUGUACUGGUGUUUCUACUGGGGAAGUUCAUGAGGAAGGUCUUUUUUGGUCAGCUAAGGGCUGCCGAAAUGGAGCAUCUGAUUGAGCGCUCCUGGUAUGCGGUGACAGAGACGUGUUUGGCUUUCACCGUGUUCAGGGAUGACUUUUCCCCUCGCUUCGUCGCCCUCUUCACCCUCCUGCUCUUCCUGAAGUGCUUCCACUGGCUGGCUGAGGACCGGGUGGACUUUAUGGAGCGGAGUCCAAACAUAUCCUGGGUUUUUCACUUUAGAGUAUUAUCUCUCAUGGGUCUUCUAGGCAUCAUGGACUUCUUGUUUGUCAGCCACGCUUGUCACAGCAUCAUCACCCGAGGAGCUUCGGUCCAACUUGUAUUUGGAUUUGAGUAUGCCAUCCUGCUGACCAUGGUGCUAACCAUCUUCAUCAAGUACAUCCUGCACACCAUUGACCUGCAGAGUGAGAACCCGUGGGACAACAAGGCCGUGUAUAUGCUCUACACCGAGCUCUUCACAGGUUUCAUCAAAGUGCUGCUGUACAUUGCUUUCAUGACCAUCAUGAUCAAGGUCCAUACGUUCCCCUUGUUUGCCAUCCGCCCCAUGUAUUUGGCCAUGAGGCAGUUUAAGAAAGCCGUGACGGAUGCAAUAAUGUCCCGGAGAGCUAUCCGCAACAUGAACACACUGUACCCUGAUGCGACUCCAGAGGAUUUGCAGGCUUCAGACAAUGUUUGCAUCAUCUGUCGAGAGGAAAUGGUUACUGGAGCCAAGAAACUACCGUGUAAUCACAUUUUCCACUCAAGCUGCCUGCGCUCCUGGUUCCAGAGGCAGCAGACCUGCCCUACCUGUCGCAUGGACGUCCUCAGGGCAUCCAACAACAACCAGACUCAGGCUGCAGCCCAAGCUCCGCCUCCUGCCCCCGCCGCCCCCGCUAAUGCUCCCGCAGCCCCGGCUCCUAACGUGGCUCCAGGCAUGUUACCGGGGUUCCCUCCAGGCCUCUUCCCUUUCUGGGGUCCUUUUCCCGCGGUGCCUCCACCUGGAGGAGCUCCAGCCCCCGGUGGCGCCGAUGGCCCUCAAGGCGGCACAGAGGCCACGCAGGCAGCUGGCACCAGUCAGCCCACAUCCUCCAGCGCUGACUCUACUACGUCACCUGCAGCUGCUCCAGGAUCAGCAAUCCCCGGCUUCCCCUUCACGUUUCCUCCUCCUCCCUUCCCCACUGCACCAUGGCUGCCCAUGCCCCCCCCUCCUCCCUUCGUGUCAUCGAUGCCUCCUCCCCCUCCGUCCCUGUCCCGCCUGUCGGAGGAGGAGCUGAGGGAGCUGGAGGCUGAAGGCCGCCGGGGCCUGGAGGCCCGACUCCAGUGUCUCCAGAACAUCCACACCCUGCUGGACGCCGCCAUGCUCAACAUCCACCACUACCUCAGCACCGUCACCACCCUCACAGCUCCUCAGGCCGCGGGCAGCACCGAAGAAGUCAGUGGAGCGAGUGCAUCGUCUGCUGCAGCUGCUGCCAGCAAAACGGAGACGGACUCGUCCGUCUCUGAUCAAGAGAGCAAAGCCACCGUCUCCUCUCCCCCCGCCGAUUCCACGUCCUCCACCUUGGACACAGAAGGAGAGGAAAAGCUGGACGAGAGAGAGGCGGAGGAGGGCGACGACGACGGAGAACCCAACGCCGCCGAGCUGAGGCGCCGCCGUCUUCGCAAGCUAGAGACGGCGACGUCGUCUUCGUCCUCGCCUCCCCCCCCGGACAACUGAUCGGCGUGCUCUGACUCAGGCAUAUCACUCGGGAUCAGCAGGGACUCGGACCCGCGGCUGCUUCGGUUCUCUGUUGCCUCUCUUCUUGUGGCUCUCACCUUCCACAGGCUCAGGGUUUUAACUGCGUUGAGUUACUGUACACGUGAGCUGUGGGAAGAUGCCUCUGAACUAUUUCUGUAUCAGGCAGCAAUAGCACCCCCCUUUUUCUUUUUUUUUUUUGUAUUUCUGUUUUUAUUUAACCGCAUUCGGCCCCAGGACGGACUGCUGCGACACUAGUGAUGCAGGCGGCGGAUGAACCAUUCUCAUUUCAAACCCGGUUUUUGUUGUGGGAGACGCAUUGUUUAGAUUUACUCUUUUUGCUAUUUUUACUGUUGAUGAUGUCUUAGGCUGCAUCUUUUGCUUAAUCCAGCUGUGUUCAGUAAACCGAUGAUCCCACUGACCACAUGAACGUUACAGAGCACACGGGUCCUUAACAAAACCAGUGGAUUCAAAGCAACUGGAGCCAAUCUGCUACGUCUGCUUCCUCUUCCAUAAACAUACCUUGCUCUUCUGUUCUCCUCUUUGCUGCCACAGUUAACACUGUACCACACUGAUUUAUUUGAAUGUGUACAUAGUGUAAAAAGAGUUUUAAUAGGAUGAUCUAUACAUACUGGAGAAUAAAGCGAGUGAAAUGGCAGUGGAACAGCACACACUCUGGUUUGAAUGUUUACCACCUGACGCCACAGAGGAGUGUGUUGUUAGAGCUCUUCUCUGGGCGCGUUUCUUCAGGUUUUCCGCUGCAGUGCCUCAAUGUUUCCUUAAAGUUGGAGGUGUGGCGGUCGACCGACUUAUCUAGAAGAUCCUAAUCUUUGUCAACUUCUGACUUUUUCCAGAGAGCAUGUUCAGAAUUUGGAUCACCUCUGUUCUUGGUAUCUAUUAUGUUCAGAAGAAAUAAAUAUUAGCAGAGCUGCAACUUUGUUGUAACUUGGUUUUAGAUGAAAAUAUGUUUGUAUCACAAAUCCAUGUGGCCAGAAUCUAAAAUGUUCAUUGUUUACUCGCAA